GGGCGAGCUGCUGUCGCGGUGCCGGCUGCUGGAGCGGGUGGCGGCGGAGGUCAGCAGGCUGGCGUUCCUGGCUAACAAGGGCAAGGACCUGGCCUUUGUCCGCUCCCUGGAGCCCCGCAUCGCCUCCCACCGGGCCGCCCUGCGCGACCGCAUCACCGCAGCACUGGCAGCAGCACUCGCACCUCCUUCCCCAGCACCACCCUCCCCUGCUUCCGCUGCUACUGACUCUCCUGCUGGGGGGGACACCGCUGCGGGCAGCAGCACCCCCAACCCCCAGCCGCCCCAACCUCCCGCCCCCAGCGCCACCCGACUAGCUGCCGCGCUGCAUGCGCUGCAUGCGGCUGCUGACCUGGGGGAGAGCGGCGCUGCGGAGGGGGCGGUGCGGCGGGUGCUGGUGGCGCCGCUGGUGGAGCGGGUGCUGGCGGAGCACAAGGCGGCGGGGGGACACCAGGGCUCCUUCUCCUCCGCCCUGGCCCCCGUGUUAUCCUCGCUGCUCUCCGCCAUCCGCUCGCCCCCGCUGGCCCCCCUGCUGGACAAGUGCCUGGCCCCUGGGAGCCCGCUGCGGGGUCUGGACCUGCUGGCGGGGGCGCUGCUGGAGGAGGUGCAGGGGGCGCUGGCGGCGGGCAUGCCGGGUGUGUUUUCCCCCGGCGUGCCGCCCGCCUUUCACGCCAACUACCUGGCACUCCGCGCCUGGCUGGGUCAGCUGGAGGGGCUGUGUGCCACGCGGGGGCAGGUGGAGCGGCUGAGGGGGUCGGCCGCGUACUCGGCGCUCAUGCGACGCUGGAACACCUCCGUGUACUUCUCGCUGCUGUACCAGGAGAUUGCGGGCGAGCUUGAGGACGCCCUCUCCUCUGACAAACUGGAGCUCCUCCCGCCCCAGCCCUCCUCCUCCUCCUCCUCCACCACACCCCUCUCCAGCGGUGGAGGCGCCACCCAGCAGCUCAUGAUGAUCCCCACUCCCCAGCCCCCCCAGCUGGCCGCCACUGCCGCCCUGCUGCGUUGCCUGCGCCGCGCGGUGAGUCCCGAGGUGGUGCUGCCGCCCCUGGCCGACCGAUUCCUGCGACUGGUGCUGCAGCUGGCACGGAGGUAUGGCACCU